AUGUUAAAUGACUUGAGCAAUAAAAAAUUAAAAGAAGAGUUCAAAAACAUAAACAAUCAGCUUAAAAACCAUAAAUACAAAUUCAGAAGAACACCAGUUUCAGGAAGUAUAUUUUUGAUGCCAACAAAUAAAGAAGAAAUAAUUAAAAUAGUGGGUAGCUUAAAGUAUUCCCAUGUGGCAGGAUAUGAUGGUCUCAGUCUGGACACUCUUAAGAAAUGUGUACACAAAACUUCAUCACCUUCGUCAACAGUUAUCAACUCUCAUAUGGAAGAUGAAUCUGGAACUUCCUGGUACGCAAAAAUAGUGAUUUCUAAGGGUCAGUAUGGGUUUGUCAAGGGGUCAUUCACCAUUACAGCAGCAUCCAACUUCAUCGAAGGUGUCACUGGAGAAAUGGAUAAUAAAGAACAUGUAUGUGGCAUCUAUCUGGACUUACAAAAAGCAUUUGACUGUGCUGAAACGACCAUAUUGCAGGACAAACUGUGGAACGAUGGCAUUGGAGGUACAGAGCAUAAUCUGAAGAGGUCCUACUUAACAAAUAGGAAGCAGUUAGUGUCUAUUAGCACUACAGAGGAAGCAUACAAAUCAAACAUCAGUGACGUAUAUUUUGGUAUUCCGCAGGGGUGA